AUGUCCGAGUUCAUGAAAGGAGUGAUGCUCCUUAAACAAGAUUUAAGCGAAGUACCUGCUGAAGAAGCACUUAAGGGCAAAGUUGUUGCCCUGUACUUUUCUGCUGGCUGGUGCCCGCCUUGUAAGCAGUUCACUCCGAAGCUUGUUCGCUUCUAUCACCAUUUGAAGAAGGCUGGAAAGCCUAUUGAAGUCGUGUUCUUUUCGAGAGAUCGGUCAAAGGCCGAUCUUGAGGAAAACUUCACGGAGAAACAUGGAGACUGGUUGUGCGUUAAGUAUGGAGAUGACAUUCUAACACGCUAUCAAUCGAAGUUCGAAAUAAAAACCAUUCCAGUGCUUCGAGUAAUCAACGCAGCCGGAAAGAUGGUAGUUGUCGAUGGAAAAUCGGAAGUUGUCGACAAAGGAAAGGCUGAUCCACUCGGACUCUUCGCGGCGUGGGAAGCAGCAUGCAACAAAUAA